AUGGCUAUGCGAAGGCCCUCGAAUGUCGUAAAUCUCAAUCGAUUGCGGCAAUCUUUUCGAAAAGGGGCACUCCAAUUGAGCAACUCAAUACGAGAAGAGGCACGUCAAGGUUUGCAGAAAGUACGCAAAGUACCGCGAUGGGUUCGAAUUUUGAGAACGAUUUAUCACGACUACGGUCUCAAACAUAUUUGUCUAAUCUCGAUUCUCAUUUUGUAUCAAUUUUUUGGCGCUGCUGUUUUCUACUAUUAUGAGAAAGAAGCCGAUGAAAUUAGGGAGAGAAAUUGGGAAAUUGAAAUACGGGAAAAUCGUACGGUGUUGAUCUCUAGAAUAAUUCCAUUGUUGUUCAAUAACACCGAAUAUCUCUUCUUUCUCACGCAUAAUCAAACAAUAGAGGUUUCCAACAAGUUGGGCGAAGAGUUGGUGAAAUACGAAAUCCAACUCGGCAUUAAACACACCGAUCAGAAAAUCCCGUGGGAUUUCUGGAAUGCAAUGCUUUAUGCACAGACGAUUUGCACAACGAUCGGCUAUGGUCAUCUCUACGCAACAACUUUCGAAGGCCGUUUAUUCACAAUGAUCUACGCGAUUUUUGGGAUCCCUUUAGUCCUUUCAAUUCUCGAUGAUCUAGGAAAAUUGCUGACAAGAUGCCUGAAAACGCCGUGGUGGCUGGUGAAAUGCGUAUGCCGACGGGCUUUCCGUUACUGCACAAAACAAACGAUGGAUGAGAUCAAACGACUGGACGCUGAGGAUAAGAGAGAUCUCGAGAUUUUCGACUUACCGGUACCGAUUGCUAUUGGCGUCGUUGUCGCCUGGAUAUUCAUUUGCUCAGCGACUUUUUGUAUUUGGGAGAGCGAAUGGGACUAUUUUGUGGCUUUCUACUUUUUCUUUAUUUCCCUGUCGACAAUCGGUUUAGGUGAUAUCACUCCGACCCAACCGCGUUACCUCUUGAUGCUUUUUAUCUACAUCAUUAUUGGUCUUUCACUAGUUUCCAUGUGUAUCAAUUUGAUUCAGGCUAAACUUGAGCGAACUUAUGAAGCCGGUCGUAAACGUCAUCAUCCACAUUUUGAUCGGGAAGGCGGCCUUCUUUUAGAUGCCGGUAGAGUGGGCGAUGAACGACAUUUAACGAGAAGAGGAAGUGCUUUAGGAGUCUUUCGCACAUCAAGCUCCGUGAAUUCAAUGUCACGAGACGCCGUGCAGACGGCUCUUCAUGGAAAGAAGCGUUACAAUAAGACUUGCCAAACCGUUCUUUCAUUUCCAUCACCGACGAAAGGAUCUCUCGGGAUCACGAGAAGCAUACGAAAUGCAGGGAUGAAAUUCCUCCCCCGGUCUCUGUCUAUCGAUGACGUGAUGAAGCUUGUCGACACCGAGGAAGGUGACAUUUUGAUAUUAACCGAAUUGGUGCGCGAAGAAUCGGGAAUCAGCACAACAAGCAACACAAUAAGUGAUAUUAGUGGAAGUCAAAUCGUCAUAUCAAAGUCAUUUGAUGCUAAUUUCUCGACAAGUCGAGUGAUUAACGAUGUAAAACCCUCACAUCCAUCUUUGCAUGACAUUGAGGCACUAGAGGAGAUGGAAGAUCGCAUAGCGCUGAGUCAUGCAAAUCAAAUAGCAUCAACAGUGCAAUUUCGAUCAAGGUUAUCACUAAUUGCUGAGCAAAGUUCAGCCAUUGAAGAGAGUGAUGAAAGUGCUGUGAACUCGUCGAUCGAAAAAGAUCCCUUAUCCCCAAACUCAAACACCGAACCCUCUCCACCAUCCAGACGACGACCACUUGAGGCACGAAAAGCGGCUCUCAGCAACAUUUUAAAACGUAAGAGCUCGAAAGAAGGCUCCAAAAAUAGUGACCGACCAGGAACCUCGAAAAAC